AUGGUACGCCCCUCACUGACUUUACUACACCAUCGACUACCCACUACCAUUAACUAUCAACUCAACACGACCUAUCAGCGCUCGAGAUCGAGUCUCAAGAUCAACAACCUUAUGCAAUUCAAUCCCACGAACAUCGUUCCACCCACCAUGUCUGAGGAUAGCCCCCGAACCAGGAAGAUGGGUCAAGUCUUCACGGGCAUCCAUCGUCGGCUUUCCAGCUUCGGAAACUCCACAAGACCGGCCAAGGCCGCCACCGAGACGUUGUCGGCGCUCGCGGACGAAGCCUUUUCUUCCCAUUCGUCGUCAGCAUUCAGCUCGGUCAAGAGCGCGCCCCAACGUCGAAACGAUGAGCGUGACACUCGGCUCCUUUCCCUGGACAAGCUUAUGAGCGGUACCAUGAUAGCCGAGAAGAACAAGCUCUGGUUCGAGAAGCUCAACGUCGCCGUCAGAACUCUGAUGAACUCCUCAGACUAUGACCCUUCACACGAUUACGAGCACAUACAGCGAGUCGUCCUCAACGCGCACCGCAUCUGGAGCGCCGAGAAGCAUCGCGAGGAGUUCCGCAACAUCGACCCCCUAGUCAUCUACGUCGCGGCUCUGGUACACGAUGUCGCGGAUGACAAGUACCUGACCGAUGAAUUGACGGUCGAACUACAGAGGGAGGUGACAGACCAGGACAAACAGGUGCGGCAGAGAGACGCCAUCGAAGCAUUCAUCAAAAAAGCUGCCCCAGAAUGCCCACCCUACAUUUGGGGUCCUGCGACACACAUUGCAUCUCUGGUCUCUUUCACACGUGAACUGCGCAAACCCGAACUCAUUGCUCAGCAGUGCAUGGCGUAUCCUGCUCUCCAGAUCGUCCAAGAUGCCGAUCGUCUUGAUGGCCUAGGUGCGUUGGGAAUUGUACGUGGUGCAGUGUACGGGGGCGCAAAUCAGCCGCGUGGUACUGGUACGGUCCGACGGGUCUGCCAAAUAGUUGACGAGCGUCAUUCUCAGUAUGUAGAGAUGAUGAAGACCCGUACGGGUAAGAAGGAGGCGAGCAAGCGCUGGGACGCGAUGGAGGAAAUUCGCGACCAGAUUGUGCAGCAGGCAGACUGCAGGAGCGUGCUGGAAGAGAACUGA